UAGAGGGACUCUGGUGGUACUUCUGCAAACUAGACAGAUGGCUUCUUUUUGUGUAAUUGCAUCUGAAACCAAGUUCAUUCCAUAUUCUUCUUCUUUCUCUUCCAAUAAAUCUCCCUUGUCCAAUAACAGAAGAAAAAGCCCUGUCCUAAAAUUUACAUGCAAAGCCAAAAAUGAUGACCAAAGACCUGAAACCACCCCCAGAAAUGGCGAAAAUUCUUCAGGGAAGCUUGACAGGAGGGAUGUUCUUCUAGGCUUAGGCGGGCUGUAUAGCACAAGUCUUGCUGCAAAUUCAACGGCCUUAGCUAAGCCAGCUCUCCCUGUCUACAAAGAUUGCGUUGAUGCCACACAACCCAACGGAACACCUAUCAACUGCUGCCCUCGGGCGCCCGUCGAUGCGAUUACUGAUUAUCGUCCUCGUGCCACCACUAUUAGCACUCGAAUGGCUGCCCAGUCAUUCACCGUAGAUUCGGAUUACUACAGGAAGUAUACGACGGCCAUUCAGAGAAUGAAGAACCUUUCUCUGUCUGAUCCACGCAAUUUCUUGCAACAAGCAAAUGUCCAUUGCGCAUACUGCGAUGGAGGUUAUACUCAACAGGGAUAUCCAAAUCUGUUGUAUGAAAUCCAUUUUUCUUGGAUGUUUUUCCCCUGGCAUAGAUGGUAUUUAUAUUUUUUCGAGAAAAUCUGCCAAAAUUUGAUUGAUGAUGAUACUUUUGCUCUACCAUUUUGGAACUGGGAUGCUCCUGGAGGAAUGCAAAUUCCACCAAUAUACAAUUCUGGUGUCGCAUCACCUCUUUAUGACUGCCUUCGAAACCCGGCCCACUUGCCACCGACGGUGAUCGAUCUAGACUGGCCCAACAACGAUGUAUCGGUAAAUCCGGACAUUCAGAUCAAAUACAAUCUUGCCAUAAUGUACAAACAAAUGAUUACCCAAUCAAAGACUCCAAUUGAUUUCUUCGGAACUCCAUUUAGGGCCGGUGAUGACCUCCCCACAGUCAAUGCCGCAGGUACAAUUGAGCAAACUCCUCAUAAUAACUUGCAUUCUUGGACCGGAACCGUAGUUGAUCCUAACAAUACAAUUGACAUGGGUGCCUUCUACUCUGCCGCUCGAGACCCAAUUUUCUAUGCUCAUCAUGCAAAUGUGGAUCGGAUGUGGACCAUAUGGUUGAAUCAACUCAAAGGAACCAAUAUCACAGACCCGGAUUGGUUAGAUGCCUAUUUCAUAUUCUAUAAUGAGGAGGCAAAGCCUGUAAGAGUGAGAAUUCAAGAUUGUCUCAAUACAACAACACUUGGAUAUACAUAUGAAGACGUGUCCAUUCCAUGGCUCGAUGCAAAGCCAAAACCUCGGGCAAAAGCAAAAACCUUGCCUUCUGCACCUGACCCUGCUCAGGUUUUCCCAACAACAUUGGACAAACCCAUAACCGUGAUUGUCAAACGACCAAAGAAGUCGGGAAGUGGAUCGUCAGAGGAAAUUCUCGUUAUUGAGGGAAUAGAAUUCGAUAAAAGAGACUAUGUUAAAUUCAAUGUGUAUAUCAAUGAAGACGACGUGAAUGCUUGUCGUCCAGACAAUACUGAGUAUUUGGGGAGCUUCACCAAUGUGCCCCAUGGACACCGAAUGGGUGCGAAAACAAAUAAACAAUUUAGGAUUUCUGAAGUGUUGGAGGAAUUAGGAGCGAGCAAUUAUGACAGGGUACUUGUGACAUUGGUCCCGAAGAGUAAUCCUGUGAAAAUAAAUGGUAUCAACAUUAAGUUUGAUACCUAGCAAAAUUUUUAAUGGUAUUUGGCAUAAUUAUGAAUUAUCAAUAAGAUAUCCUCGUAAGUGUUUUAUGUACUCGUGGUAUUACUUAGAAAAAUGUAUCUGAAUAAAUUCUUUUUUUUUCCUGAA